UCUGUUUGUUCAACAGUUUAAUUUAUCGAUCCCAUUCCAAAGAUACAGUUGCAACCGAGUCCAACUCAUCAUGUCUGAUCGAGUCCAACAAUCAGUUAAUGACAACACUGAUGGGAGAAGUGGACAGUCUGUGCAAGCGCAACAAUCUCUGUGGAUGUCUCAUUGGUUGAGAACGAGCCUCGACGAAACACGUACUUCUCCAAACAAGAAACGUGACCGUUCGACCAUGGAUGCUGAUCUAACAGAUGGAUUGGCAGCUUCUUCUAGGUCUGUCGAAGGAGUCAGACUGAUCGAGACUAAAACUUUCGAGAUCGUCAAAACGAAUUCAAAAAUCGUCGAGAGUGAGAGAAUUUGCGCUUCUGCGUUCAAAUAUGGCCAGCACACAGAUGAAAUGCAAGCGUUAAGGCCUCCGUUUGAGCUCAGCCUUGAGCGUGGUAAAGCUGUUGAGUGCUCGAGUGGGGAAGGAAUUAUUUCCCGAGGAUGCCAUUCUGUGGGAGAAGGUAGUUCAAAGAAUCUUCCCAAGUGGAUGAAAACUCAUUUGAUAAACCCUAAUCCUCACAAAGAAAAAUAUGUCGACUCAUUGAGUGAUCUCGAACGGGCCCCAAAGAUGCAGAAGUGUUCAGGUAUUGGAAUGUUUUCGAGUCAGUGCAUUACUUCCGAGGAAACUGAAACAAGGAAUACGCGUAAUGAUUGUUACUCUUUAAUGAAGUUUCAGAAUCGUGUUCAUGAUGUGGGGACUAAGAGAAUCGGCACCACCAUGGAUGCUCAGACAACCCAAGGUGUGUUAAUCACAGAAAGGAUUGAUUUCAAUUCGUCGAAACAAAAGGAUGUAUUUACAAGUACAAGAGAUAUUAGUGAGAAUGGAGAUAUAUCGAGUCAUCUUCAUCGAUUCUCUGCAUUUUCUGGUCAUGUUAAGCAACAAAUGGAACUUCAGCCUCUGAUCAAUUCCUUUGAUAAUGAAGACGCCAAGGCUUCUAAAGUUACUAGGAAUAAUUUAUCGGCUGAGACAGAUACCAUUUCUUCUAGGGAGAAGAAUCUGCAAUCAGGUUCAUAUUCUACAGCAUCAACCAAGGUCCUCGAUACGAAGUCAAAUCUACCACCUUGGAUUCAGCGUGCUACUUCCUCAAGGAAAACUGUAUCUAAACAGCCUCAUAUCGAAAUUCCCGAUAUCAACUUUCCCGCCUUAGCAAAUUCGCCAGAGAAUAUAUGCCCAAUCUCUUCAAAAACUCAAACUCUAGAGAUGGAGCAGCCAAAGAGGAAGUCCAAUUUCAGCCUCGAUAAUUAUCCUAAUGCAGAUCCGAGCACCCGAUGGAUCAAGCGUCUCAAGAUGAGCCCAUCGAACAACCCUGCUCAAUGCACAAAGAGCUCAAACCUGGGCGAAAACCCAUCUCCCGAAAAAGCGAGCAAGUUCUUCAGACGAAUUCUCGAAAGUGAUGUAAUUAGUUCAGAAAUUACUCCAACCAUGUACGGUGGCGGUAAAGAAUUAGCGCUUUCAGACCAGGGUGGGUGUUUCUUUAGUAAAGAUAAGAACCUUAUUACAGAACCGAACAAAAAGGACAAGGGCUUAUUGCUGUCACAUGCUUGGGUGCAGAGAUGGCUGAGCAAUGGAUCAAGAAUCGCCGAAAAAAAACCCGAAAGGGGAAUUUUUUGUGAGCCACAAAUAUCGAAAUUGGAAUUGAAGAACAUCGAAAAGGGACAGUGCCCUAGCAUUGCAGCAAUGGCAUUAAUGGGAAGGGCUUUGACUUGCUUUCAACCGUGUGAGCUUCAGAAGAGAGGCUCUUUUACUGUUUGGAACACAAAAGCUUUCUGAAAAAGAAAAUGAAAAAAAAAAAAAUCGUAUUGCAAGUUUUCGUUUAUUCGACAUUUUUUUGUUAAGUUGUGAAGUCUGUGAUUUAUUAUUACUACUUGUAUUUAUUAUGAAGUUCGAAUGUCGAUGAUUCGUAGAGAUAUUCUAAUCUAAGUUUACGACUGAAAUGCCUAUUCUCUGUAA